AUGCCGAUCAUCUGCGUAACAACAUCUUCAGCAGAGAAAGAACAUGAACCAAAACAAGAUCUUGAUAACGACCAAUCUCCUCCAUUAAACUCCAACCCUUUUCUUCCUAAUCUCCAAUCUCAAAUCCCAAACCAAUUCAUUUGGCCAGACGAAGAGAAACCUUCCAUUGAUACUCCAGAGCUCAACGUCCCUUUGCUCGAUCUCUCGACCCAAGUCUCAACCCCAGACGCUUCUAGACUCAUCGCAGAAGCUUGCACCAAACAUGGCUUCUUCCUCGUCAUCAAUCAUGGCGUCAGCGAGAAGGUGUUUCAAGACUACUGUGAUGCAAUGAGCUCUCUGUCACUCAACAUCAUGGAGCUUCUAGGGCUAAGCUUAGGCGUAAACCGAGAAUAUUUCAGAGGAUUUUUCGAAGAGAAUGAUUCUAUAAUGAGGCUGAAUCAUUACCCCUUAUGCGCACAACCAGAUCUCACAUUAGGUACUGGACCACAUUGUGAUCCGACUUCUUUGACUAUCCUUCACCAAGACCAUGUCAGUGGCCUUCAAGUCCUUGUUGACAAUCAAUGGCGAUCCAUUCUCCCCAUUCCCAAUGCCUUCGUCGUCAAUAUCGGUGACACUUUCAUGGCUCUAUCGAACGGGAUAUUCAAGAGUUGUUUGCAUAGAGCGGUUGUGAAUAGAGAGUGUGCGAGAAGAUCAAUGGCGUUUUUCUUGUGUCCCAAGAAAGACAAAGUUGUGAAGCCACCAAGUGAGAUUGUGGAGAAGACGGGAGAAAGAAGAUAUCCUGAUUUCACUUGGCCUAUGUUCCUUGAGUUUACUCAAAAUCAUUACAGAUCUGAUUUCAGUACUCUCGAUUCCUUUGCAAGUUGGGUCAUUGCCAACAAAAAUCCCAUCUAAGCUGAGCCGUGCCUUGGGAUGUUUGAGCCGUGCUUUACAUAUUUAAUGUUACUGGUGAGAUAAAAAAAAUAUAAAAUAUUAAAAUAUUUAAUUUUUUUAAAUGGCCUAAUAUUAUAAUAUUAAAAUAUUUAAUAAGAAGUGUAUAAGUGUUGAAAACUAAAUUAAAUAUAAUAUAAAAA